AAACAAGUUAUUCAAAACCCAUCCCCUCUCUCUCUCUCUCUCUACCCCUCUGUGGGUGUGUGCUUGUGUGCAUUUUUGUGUAAUUUGAACCAGGAAAGGAGAUGAAUCUGCUGUUGCUGCUAAUACCCAUUUGGCUUUUUAGCUACACUUCGUUUGCAGCUCCAAUGGAUGUCAGACCAGACUCUCCUCUUUCUUCCAUCGGUGACCCAGUUCUUCCCACUGAGAAAGAGCCCCUUUCUCAAACUUCUUCAGACAUGGAAGCCCAUUCUCCAGGAAUGCCAGAGGUCAGAAUAGUGCACCACCAGGAUUUGAACAAGAAAAUUUUAAUUGCUCUAAUUGUCUCUUCAGCUCUUCUUGGUGGAAUUCUGUUGUUUCUCUCUUGUUUCUGGAUCUACAGACUGAAAAAUUCGAAGAAAUCUAAUGCACAAAGCCAAGAGAGCUUGGAUGCUUCAAAAGGUCUCUCAUUGGGUCCAAUAUUGGGUAAAUUCACUGCUUUGAGAACUGCUGGUAAGAAGGGUUCAGUCGAUGCUAUUGAAUAUCAGCUUUUAGUAGCUGCAACAAACAGCUUCCAAGAAUCCAAUGUUUUGGGGGAGGGUGGAUUUGGACGUGUGUAUAAAGCUCGCUUCAAUGAUAACUUCCUUGCUGCUGUUAAAAGACUUCGUGGUCAAGGCCAGGAUACUGAAAGAGAAUUUGAGAAUGAGGUUGAUUGGCUAAGUAAAAUUCUGCAUCAGAAUAUAGUUUCCCUUUUGGGUUAUUGCAUUCAUGGCGAGUCGAGGUUUCUGAUUUAUGAAAUGAUGCACAAUGGUUCCUUGGAGUCCCAAUUGCAUGGACCUUCUCAUGGAUUAGCUUUGACUUGGCACCUCCGAAUGAAAAUUGCACUAGAUGUUGCAAGAGGACUAGAAUAUCUUCAUGAGCGAUGCAGUCCUCCUGUGAUCCAUAGAGAUAUCAAAUCAUCUAACAUUCUUUUGGAUUCCAACUUCAAUGCUAAGCUUUCUGAUUUUGGCCUUGCUAUAACUGGUGGCACUCACAACAAAAGCAACAUAAAGCUUUCAGGAACUUUGGGCUAUGUGGCUCCAGAAUAUCUUUUAGACGGUAAACUAACUGAUAAAAGUGACGUCUAUGCUUUUGGUGUUGUUCUUCUGGAGCUUUUGAUGGGAAAAAAGCCUGUGGAAAAAAUGUCCCCAUCUCAAUGCCAUUCUAUUGUCACAUGGGCCAUGCCUCAGCUGACUGACAGGUCAAAGCUCCCAAACAUCGUGGAUCCUGUUAUCAGAAGUACAAUGGAUGUCAAGCACUUAUAUCAAGUUGCAGCUGUAGCCGUGCUAUGCGUGCAACCAGAACCAAGUUACAGGCCGUUGAUAACAGAUGUCCUACACUCCUUCAUCCCACUUGUGCCUGUUGAGCUUGGAGGGUCACUAAGAGUUGCUGACUCUGUGUCCCCUGCCAGAAGCUAG